AUGGAUGUUUUGGCUCAAUGCAGCAAUCUCCUUGUCAUGGGCGCGGUUCUGUUCAGUACUUAUGCUGCUAGCUACAAUAGACGCUUCCAGUAUUCUAAAAUGGCCAUUACGAAUGCCAUUGAUGCUAAAGUUAAGAGAAUGAAAAGGUAUGUUGAUAAUAUUAUUGCGAAGGUAAAACAACCUCAGAAACAAUUUUCCGAAAGGGUCAGGAAGGAAAGACAUGAAGUCUAUUUGUGUAGCUGGUUUGUGCACCUUUUUUGGUGCUCAGCUUUCUGAAAGUAACAUCGAUACGGAUAUUAAAGCUGUAGAAUACCGUAAAUUAUCUGUUAAGCCCCCCUACCAUCUCACUUAAUAUUAUGCACUGCUAAUAAAUGACAGAUCGUAAUCAAUCACGAUUGUAAAACUUUGUGACGACUGAUCUGGCGUGGUUUAUUCACCAACAGGAAGCUUGGAUUUCAUUGUGAUCUUCGAAGUAGGUCAUUUUGUUUGAAUAAGAUGUAUUUCCCUGGGCUCAAUCCUAUGAAAAUUUAUAAUAAUGUAUGGAAUAGAAGAAAACAGCACAGGUACAGGUGUUAUUAAAAGUGGGUGUAAAAAAUGAAAAAUAUUAUUCAUAUACUUCUUUUUUGAUGCUGUGCUGUUUGAAGGAUUUUUUUUACAUGCUGUGUUAUUUCAAUUUGGUUAAAAUAGGUACAAUGUACCCCUCUUUGACAAUAAAAGGCGAAAAAAUGAUACGAGACUAUUGUGACAUAGUGUGUAGUACAAAACUUUUAGUAACAACAGGUAACUCAAAUCAAUAGAUAACAGAAAAUGUUAUGUAUGAUGUUAUGUAUGAUGUAAAUGUUAAGAUAAAAAUAGAAACAUGUGUAUGUUGCAUUUUAGCAUAUUAAAAUAUGCCUUAAAAUUAUUAGGUUGCCAGAACACAACAGCUAGAGGAUCUAGAUAUUGUUCACAGCAUUGUGCAACAGCAGUUACAUUCCUUGAUGACUCAGAUGAAAGCAACAAUCCCCAGAUGACAAGACAAUAG